GGGUUCUUGACUUGCGUGGCGCUGGUGUCUCUCUCAUCGCGGCCUCUUCCCUUCCUCCUCCAUUUUUGUUUCCGGUGCGAGAUAGCAAAAAUGGCUCUCCUCUCCGCACGUUUAGCCGCUGCGGUGGCGAGGCAGCUUCCACAAAGCUCCUCACAGGUCGCCAGGCUGUCAUGGCCCACCAUGCAGGUUGGUUCUCGCCACAUCCAUGUUUCCUGCAGUCAGCGUGCUGCCGAGAUCUCUUCCAUCCUGGAGGAGAGGAUUUUGGGCGCCACCCCCAAGGCCAACUUGGAUGAGACGGGCCGUGUGCUGAGCAUCGGUGACGGUAUCGCCCGUGUCUAUGGCCUGAAGAACAUCCAGGCUGAUGAGAUGGUGGAGUUCUCUUCUGGACUCAAGGGUAUGGCCCUCAACUUGGAGCCUGACAACGUUGGUGUUGUCGUCUUUGGUAACGACAAGCUCAUUAAGGAAGGCGACAUUGUCAAGCGUACCGGUGCCAUUGUCGACGUACCCGUCGGCGCUGAGCUCUUGGGACGUGUCGUUGAUGCUCUUGGCAACACCAUUGAUGGAAAGGGAGCCGUCAACACCAAGUCCAGAAUGCGUGUGGGAGUCAAGGCCCCUGGCAUCAUCCCUCGCAUCUCUGUGCGCGAACCUAUGCAGACCGGAAUCAAGGCUGUGGACUCUCUCGUACCCAUUGGUCGUGGUCAGCGUGAGUUGAUCAUCGGUGACAGACAGACCGGCAAAACCGCCCUGGCUAUUGACACCAUCAUCAACCAGCAGAGAUUCAACAACGCCGAUGACGAAAAGAAGAAGCUGUAUUGUAUCUACGUUGCUAUUGGCCAGAAGAGGUCCACUGUGGCUCAGAUUGUGAAAAGGCUCACUGACUCUGGUGCCAUGAAGUACACCAUCAUUGUCUCUGCCACUGCCUCUGAUGCUGCGCCCCUGCAGUACCUUGCUCCUUACUCUGGCUGCGCCAUGGGAGAGUUCUUCCGUGACAGCGGAAAGCACGCUCUCAUCAUUUACGACGAUUUGUCCAAGCAGGCUGUUGCCUACCGACAGAUGUCUCUGCUGCUGAGACGUCCCCCUGGCCGUGAGGCUUACCCUGGUGAUGUCUUCUACCUUCACUCCCGUCUGCUUGAGCGUGCAGCCAAGAUGAGCGAGACUCACGGAGGUGGCUCCCUGACUGCCCUGCCCGUCAUUGAGACCCAGGCCGGUGAUGUGUCCGCCUACAUUCCCACCAACGUCAUCUCCAUCACUGACGGCCAGAUCUUCUUGGAAACUGAGUUGUUCUACAAGGGUAUCCGCCCCGCCAUCAACGUCGGUCUGUCUGUGUCCCGUGUCGGAUCUGCCGCCCAGACUCGCGCCAUGAAGCAGGUGGCUGGUUCCAUGAAGCUCGAGUUGGCCCAGUACCGUGAGGUUGCUGCCUUUGCCCAAUUCGGUUCCGAUCUGGAUGCUGCCACCCAGCAGCUCCUCAACCGUGGUGUCCGCCUUACUGAGCUGCUUAAGCAGGGACAGUAUGUGCCCAUGGCUAUUGAAGAGCAGGUCGCUGUUGUGUACUGCGGUGUGCGUGGUCACCUUGACAAGCUUGACCCUGCAAGGAUCACCACCUUCGAGAAGGAGUUCCUUCAGCACAUGAAGACCAGCCACCAGGACAUUCUCACCAGCAUUGCCAAGGAAGGCAAGAUCACAGACGAUACCGACGCUAAGCUGAAGAAGGUCGUUAAGGACUUCUUUGCCACAUUCACUGCGUAGAUACAAAAUUAUUAGGUGAAAGCCCCCUGGACUGUAGCUUUUAUUAAAAUAAUACUAAAAGAGAUGUAAUAAUGAAAAAGUCAAGAUCAGCCAUUACUCGUUUCGGAUCAUAAAAAGGAACAUCUUGUUUUUGUCAGUGCGGAAAAGAAUUACUUCUUACUUAACUCUUUGUUGAUGCCUUGCAUUUUACUAGUAAUUACACCCCAAGUAAAAUUUGCCCAAGGCACACAUGUUGAUUAUGUUACUAUGUACAAAAUAAAAUGGAAAAUGUUUCAAAAAAAUUGAAAACUUAA